AUAGCCGGAGUCUUCUGAGAAAGGAGACCGAAAACCAAGCUGUAGACAGUUAUAUGUCGUUUCCUGUGGAUUAUAAUAACCAAUGGCUCGUCGGUGAUGUACUUUCAAUAUCUACAAGACCUUGGGGGUUGAUAUCCAGAAUCUUUUUGGACAUCAUCCCGGUAUUGUAUUUUUGACCGGAUGCAUUUGAUGAUGGCUUGGAACCGUCCCACACCUUGAAAUUAGUCCUACCCGGAUCGAAUUACCGGUCGUGUUACGUUUCCUACCUAAAGCACCGACCUCACCACCUCCGCGCCUGGAACAGGUGGAAACGUGUCAUUUAUUUUUGUUGUUGUUGUCACCACCCACCUGGAAGUGGCAUGGGUAACCAGGUUGAGAAACUGACACAUCUGACUUAUGACAAUGUUCCGACCGCGGAUCCGAACGGGUUUGACACGGAGGAUGAGCUGGGGCCCCGGAUCGGAGUGUCUUAUAUCUUCUCCGCGGACGACGACGAACAAGAGGAACGUGUUGACGGACCGGACAAGGAUCAGAACGAGGAAGCGAAACAAUACGAUAACUGCAACGAGCUGGAGUGUGUUGUGUACUACCGUGACGAAUCUGUGUACGAGAAAAAUCUCAAACUCUCUGAUAUGAGCACGUAUUCCACUGAGAAUCUUUUAAACAAGUGCAUACCGGGGGAUUUGGUGGAGUUCGUGGCUACGGGCCAGUACCCUCACUGGGUUGUGUACGUGGGCGACUUUCAGGUCGUUCACCUGCACCGGGCUGAAAUCAAGAAUAAUUUCCUGACAGAUGCCAGUCAGGGAAAGCGAGGCAGGAUAGUAAACGGGCUGUAUAAAUUCCGCGCGCUGCCUCCGGAGGUGGUGGUGCAGAACGCGGUGCAGCAAGUAGGAACGAGAGACAGAGAGCUGGACUGGAGGAACUCUGAGUGCUUUGCUGCGUGGUGCAGGUUCGGGAAGAGGGAAUUUAAAAUCGGAGGAGAGAUCCGUAUCGGAAAGCAGCCCUACAGGUUGAAAAUGUUGUUUUCUGAAAAGAAAAGUCACGUCCUUGAAUUUCAGAGUUUUGACGACUUGAUCAUGGAGAAGAGGAGAAACGAUCAGAUGGGCAGAGAUGCGGUGACGCAAGAGUUGGCUAACCAUCUCAACGCAACCGAUGCGGAAAUUAAGGACGACUUUCAUCAGAGUGUAAACUGAAAGACCCCAAGAGAAACUGAUGGUAAUGACUUGGGCAGCGUUCAGCUUUAGGAUACAGGAGCCCACGUGACUAGACCACUGUUGGAAAUCGUAUAUUGUGUUUUUUUUUGGCGCAAUGCCGUGCGCCUUUUUAUGCGUACCAACGCAUUUAUAUUGGUUUGAGACGAAGUAGCAACUCAACCAAUGAAGUGCAUUUAAUUUACCAACACGUUCUACCUUGAGAUAAGGACACCUUGAAACACACAAACAUUCCCAUUUAAUACUGAACAAAAAAAUAUAAACUCAACAUGCAACAAUUAUGGAAUUUACUGAGUUAUGGUUCAUAUAAAGAAAACGUAUAUGGAUAUAUGGAUAUAGGGUCUAAUGUUCACUAUCGGAUGUAAACAUGUAAAUAUGCAUCUUUUGGUCACAGAUACAUUUAUUUUUUAUUUUUAUGAGCCUCAGGAUCUCGUCACGGUGUCUCUGGACAUUACAAAUUGCCCUCGAUGAUUUAAAAUGCAAAAUUGUGUCCGUUGUGUCCGUAGCGGAUACCUGCCCCAUACCAUA